AGCGCGUGUGUGUGAGUGUCCUGGCCGGGCAUCCAGCUCACACACACUCCCGGUAACACUGAGACCGACGGUGAGCGGCCGGGGGUUUAUUUUUGGGUCAGUGACGGUGUGUCAAUGGCCGCAGAUGCGUCAGAAAGGAAGGCUCUGAGAUACAAGCAAACGCUGCUCUAUGGCGAGUACCAGGAGCACCAGGGAGGCUCCAGCCGGCGGGAGGCCACACGCCUGCUGACGGAGAGACAGAUCAGGAAGCACGGCGACCGCCACCGCGGCACCGGGAGGACGCGGCCCGGGCUCGGCCGCCGCGCCGGCGGCCAAAAUGGAUACCACAGUCGCUACGGACAACACGGCUAUCACGGCAGGCAGAGGAACAGGCGCCAGUCCAACAUGGAGGCCGCCGCUGAGCCAACGGACGAACCGGACCUCGCGAUGAGGAGGAAGCGCUCGUACUUCAAGUGCAGAGACUGCGUCGCACGUGUGCAGCGAUUCCUUGUGACCCGGUUGGGAGAAGACUGGAUCUUCCUGGUUCUGCUGGGCAUCACCAUGGCUCUGGUCAGCUGGACCAUGGACUACGCCAGCGCCAAGAGCCUGCAAGCCUAUAAGUGGAUCCACGGGGAGCUGAGGGGGAACGUCCCUCUUCAGUUCCUGGCCUGGGUUUCAUAUCCGCUGAUAUUCAUCCUGUUCUCCUGCCUCUUCUGUCACCUGGUUUCCCCUCAAGCCAUCGGUUCGGGGAUCCCAGAGUUGAAGACCAUCCUGCGAGGGGUGGUGCUCAAGGAGUAUUUGACCCUCAAGGCCUUCGUGGCCAAAGUCUUUGGGCUGACGGCAGCGCUGGGCAGCGGCAUGCCCGUCGGCAAAGAGGGUCCGUUCGUUCACAUCGCCAGUAUCUGCGCCGCAGUUCUCAGCAGGUUCAUGUCCUUCUUCUCCGGAGCUUAUCAGAAUCCAUACUGUUAUACCGACAUCCUAACAGUAGGCUGCGCUGUCGGGGUGGGAUGCUGCUUUGGCACGCCGCUCGGAGGUGUUCUCUUCAGUAUAGAAGUGACGUCCACAUACUUCGCCGUGAGAAACUACUGGAGAGGAUACUUUGCGGCCACGUUCAGCGCCUUCAUAUUCAGAGUUCUGUCCGUGUUCAACAAAGACGCAGUGACCAUCACCGCUCUGUUCAGGACAAACUUUCGCAUGGAUUUCCCCUUUGACCUGCAGGAGCUGCCAGCAUUCGCCAUCAUCGGGAUUUGCUGCGGCUUCCUCGGGGCAUUCUUCGUCUACCUCAACAGACAAGUGGUUCUGUUCAUGAGACGAACUAACGCCAUGACCCGCUUCCUGACCAACCAUCGACUCGUGUUCCCCGCUGUCGUCACCCUGGUCAUCGCUACCUUGACCUUCCCGCCCGGGUUUGGACAGUUCAUGGCAGGAGAGCUGAUGCCCAGGGAGUGCAUCAACUCCUUGUUCGACAACUUGACGUGGACCAAGAUUUCUGGAUCGCCUCCUCCACUCGGCCUGGGCCUCUCCGCCGCCUGGCUGCACCCUGACGUCAGCGUGUUCGUUAUCCUGCUGCUCUUCCUCAUCAUGAAGUUCUGGAUGUCUGCGGUGGCGACCACCAUGCCCAUCCCGUCUGGAGCCUUCAUGCCCGUCUUCAUCCUGGGAGCAGCGUUCGGGCGUCUGGUGGGAGAAAUCAUGGCCACGCUGUUUCCUCACGGGAUCGUGUUUGACGGAAUCCUCUACCGCAUCAUCCCCGGAGGGUACGCAGUCAUUGGAGCGGCAGCGUUGACCGGUGCCGUGACCCACACGGUGUCCACAGCGGUCAUAUGCUUCGAGCUGACGGGCCAGAUCUCCCACAUCCUGCCCAUGAUGGUGGCGGUGAUCCUGGCCAACAUGGUGGCGCAGGGCCUGCAGCCGUCGCUGUAUGACUCCAUCAUCCAGGUCAAGAAGCUGCCGUACCUGCCGGAGCUCGGCUUCGGACACAUGAGCCAGUACAACAUCUUUGUCGGGGACAUCAUGGUGAGGAAGGUGAACUUCGUAUCGUCUCAGUCCACCUACAGAGAAGUCCAACUCCUGCUGGACUCCUCUUCCCUCAAGUCCAUCCCGCUGGUCGACUCAAAAGAAUCUAUGAUCCUGCUGGGCAGCAUCGACCGGUUGGAGCUGCUGGCGCUCUGUGAUUGGUGGUUGUCACCGGAGCGGAGGCUGCUCAUGCAGGGUCGCAGCCUCCAGGAGCAGGGCCACGCUCAGAAACACAGCUGGGAGUCCUUCGCCUUCGUGGACGAGGAGGGGGAGGACGAACAAGACGAGGAGGAAGAGGACGACGAAGAGGAGGAGGAGGAAGAGAAGGGCGGCCCGGUGCAGGAGGAGAGGAACGGCCCCCUGCCGCCUCCUAAACCCCAGGAGCCCUCAUCCAACCACACCGCUCCUGUUCCCGAGAAAGGUCCGCUGCAGUCGGUGAGGAAAACACUUGGGAGUCUCUUUGCCUCGAACAACAGGCCGACAGAGGGGCAGUCGCAGGAGCCCUGUCAUCCUCCCUUGUUUGACACAAUGACGCCAGAAGAGAUCAAAGCGUGGGAGGAGGUGGAGAUGGACAAGCCGAUGGAGAUCGACGAGAUACGCGUCGACCCCUCCCCUUUCCAGCUGGUGGAGAGGACGUCGUUGCACAAGACUCACACCUUGUUCUCGCUGCUCGGCCUCAGUCACGCCUACGUGACCAGCAUCGGCAAACUGGUGGGCGUGGUGGCGCUGAAAGAGCUGCAGAAGGCCAUCGAGGGCUCCACGCGCUCUGGCGUCCGUCUCCGCCCCCCCCUGGCCAGCUUUCGCGACAUCAGCAAACACAACUCUGUCGCCAAACCUCCGCCUUCUUCCCCUGCCGCUCCUUCCUCCGCCUCCCCUCCGUCGUCUCCAACCGUCCCGCCUCACCACCACCCCCAGCAGCAGCAGGCGAACGAGACGGAGGUGUGGAUCGAGGGCGUGACGGGGGUGGAGGAGGACAGCGGCGGCGGCAGCAGCAGGAGUUGCAGCUUCAACAGCAACCUCACCCUCCCUCCCUCCUCCACUCCUCCCCCGGUGCCUUCCUCCGCCACUCCACCCCCUUCUCCAUCCUCCUCCUCCAUCCCUCUCUCCACCCUCAGGUCCCUUCAGGGUCUCCUCGAGGCGGGUGGAGACAGCGACGAUGAGCCGAUGGUUUAGAUUAGAUAAGAGUGACGUGUUUUUUUAUAAUUAUUUUUUUUAAUGGGUUGAGUUUUCUGUUCUUAAUUUGUUGCUCUGGUCUUUGGACACUCAUUUACCUCUUUUUGUCGUUACUGAUUCUGUCCGCUCGCUUCACAGACUAAACCUUGGCUCCGCCCACCACGAGCUCCUCAUUUUCUCUUCCUCGCUUCGUUCAGCCUCAGAGGUUCAACCAGUUCGGGAGAAACUCCAGACUGAGGUGCAGCCGCAGACACACAAAACUCUUAAAGUCACUUUGUCACAGUUAGUGGCUCCGCCUCCUCAGUAUCUUCUACCUCCUUAAUCAUACUGUAGUUUACACAUUUCAAAUCACAGAGAGCUCACUUACAAAUAAAUGUUUAUAUAUACAAUAUAAAUAUAUAAUAUAGAGUCCGACCGAUAAAUCAGUUGGCCGAUAAAAUCAACUACUCACCGAAAUAUCGGUAUCAGCCUUAAUGUUUGCCGAUUAAUAUUUACAGCGUAAUACAUGUAUAAAAUUCUUAACGAAUAUAUUUUUUAUAUUAGUGUUUUCUUUUUAUUUAUAGUAAAGUUUAUGGUAUAACUGCCUGUUUUUAAUAAGAGUUUUGACGAAUCAUUGCAGUGUCUGAAUUUUUUUUACUCCCCAAUAUCAACAUAGGCAUCAGCCCCCAAAAAUCCAUAUCGGUCAUUUUGCAUCUUGAUGUUUUAAUUGACACAUUAAAUAUGCUGUAUUGGAAGAGUAACACUAAACAAAAAGUGAGAGUGGUUCUACAUUACCUCAUCGUUCUUUUUUAUUUUCAUCGGAGGAGAGCAGAAGCCAUUGAUUUUUUUGUUUUUUUCACUGGCAACAGAGCAUGUGGACGGCAGCAGACUAAUGGAGCUGCUCAGUCCACUGGGGAAAAAGAAGAAUUGGCCAAACGACCUCCAACACUUGUGUGACGACCUUGUGGAUGCAGCCUCCGAGCUCAUCUCGUCACGGUGGAGUUGAUGGUGGAGGAGCUGAAGGCGGCUGACGGCGGACGAACCCCCCACUGCACGGAUCCUUCCUCCGUUUCCACAAACAACGCUGCCUCUCUCGUCAUUAGUACUUAAAUCAUUUUUACUUAUAAUGCAGUUCAUUUUUACAACAAUUUACAACAUUUGACAUUUAUCGUCUUGGACUCUGGUACUUCAGUGUUGUAGUUGUAUCUCAGUGUUACGCUGCGUUCACAUCAAACGCCACUGGAAUUCUUCACGCCAUGACAGAACGUACAAAGUCUUUGCAGAGACGGGGCGACGUGAAUAGCGCAAACCUCGCGCCAUUGGCUUACUCAAGUAGAAAUAUUUGAACUCAACGCGAUCUGGCAAAAGCCAAAUUUAGAGUCGAGAUCAUCCCGACUUCCUUUGCUUCGUGUUUGGUGUAAAAGCAGCUGUGAAGAAGUUUAUGUGGAGCCUCACAGCUAAGGCAACCAAACGAUGCAGAUCAUGAAAUCAUAAUCUCCAAUGUACUGGAGAGAGAAUGGAUUCAUCUCCAACGCAGCGGCUGAAAAGAAGCUUCGACACCACAUUUAAAUCUGCUACAUCUGGAUUUCCUGGAUGUGCCCCAAAAUGUAAGGAGUUCUUUCUUGGUCAACGUCCCAUCAUUCCACCAAGUUUCGUGGAAAAACCUUCCACAGUUUUUACGUAAUCCUGCGGACAAACCAACAAAAGCCAACCAACGAACAAACUAGAGAAUCGCUUAGAAGAUCAUCGGCCAACUGUCUCCUUAAAAUCAAGCGAGCUGCACCAUAACUCAUCAAUAUCAGUCCACCACAUUUGUCUGAUGACUUUCAUCCAGAUCCAGGAAUUAAUCCCUGGGAAAUUACAAAAGAUGUCAACAACAAAAAAACAAACAAGCAAAACUUCAUUUUGCAACCUUAAAUAAAGUGAUGAGAAAUUCAUCAAAUUUGAUUCACUUCUCUCUUGGCCCAUGUUCCAUCCUUCCACCAAGUUUCUUAAGAAAAAUCCGUUGAGUGUUUUUUGCGUGAUCCUGCAACGAGCGUGGGUGAAAACAACCUCCGUAGCUGGAGGUCUUUAACUGGGAGGAGCGACGUUCAGCUCCACAAGUGACCUGUGCACAUCACACAAGUGUUAAUGUCUCCAAUGUUUUCACUGGAUGUCUAUUUUCUUUUUCUUUUCAAUUCCUUCCACAUCCAGAAAAUGUCAUUCUGAUAAUGAGACGCGCUCAAAGUCAGUUGCUGCUAAUUAAACCACGUUGAAGAAGCUUCUUCCUCGACUGCCUUGAUAAUUGCGUUCGCUCAUCACGUCGUUGAACUUCUGUCCUCGCCCUUCAUCGCUCUCAUCAUCAUCAUCAUCAUCAUCUUCCGGACUCCGUUUCUCAGGGCUCAGGAAACAGCAGCUCAUCUUUACGCAACGUCCCGGGUCAAGAACCGAACUCAGUCCAGUCUGUUCGUGAAACCGCACGUUUCAGUUGGUCGCAACAAAGACAACGGCGCCCUCCUCGGUUUCUUCCUCCAGCGAUUGGAUGACGCAGGGCGUGACGUCGAACAGUAUCCUCUCCUUGACGGGUGUGCCGCUCUGCGCGGACAGUCCCGGGCUCGAACCUCUGGCCGUCGAGGGCGCCUCCUCCCGCAGCGGGGACGGGGUCAGAGAGCACGGCACCGGCUCCAAGGUCAGCGUCACGUCUUCUACCUGCGGAGAACGGAAGUGACACAUUCAGCCGAAGGACUGCAGCUGUUCCGGUUGUUCCAGUUCCAUAGAGGCGACUCACCUUCGUCAGCUCCUCCUCCUCCUCCUCCUCUUCUUGCUGUCCAGGGAUUUCUCCGGGCUCCUCCCCGACUCCGACCAUCUCAGCCAUCUGCCCGCUCAGCUGCCCGGCGCUCUCCACCUGCAAACCAGGGCAACCAACACACGGCGAACGAGCUCAUUUCCUUUACGGUCUCGGAUCAGCGCACCUUUUUCCUGAGACACAGUCCCCGACAUUUUCAGGUAAUUAUUUCAUAGCCCCUCUUAUUUAAUGAGAACGUACCGACGCCAGAGAAGUUCAGCGAAGCCCGAAAACAUCUCUGGGUGUCACAGUUCGUCGUGACUCACUUCACUGGUGGAAAAACUUUCCCCCCGCUGAAAGUCAGCAGCUGAUUUUACACCAACAGCAGCAACACACAGCCUCGGCGUGUUAGAGGAAAUGAAGAAGAAAUAUUUAAACAGCUUCACGUCAACACCUAAAUCACGUAUGAUGCCAGUAAGAGCCUGGUUGGAGAUCCGAGAUCUAAGCAGCGCCGGGGAACGGUUUCUCCUGCAGAUGAUUUUUGUCUUCUGAAACUAAAUGGAAUUUGCUGAUGGGAGGUUGAAAUGUGAUGCUACCGAAAUAAAAUCCACUUUGUCUCACAGGCA